GGAGAACAAGUCUACACCAAUAAAUAAAAAGAGAGGGAAAAAAAUCACCUUUUCUGUACUUAUGCUUAACUUUAAACAAUCGUCAUCUUCUCAUGUAUGUUUGGUCUGUGCAGGAAACACAGAAUAACUAGUUUGCUUGUUGAUUUUUAUAUAUAUAUAUAUUUAUACAUAAUUUUUUUUUCUUUUCCCUCCUUCCCCCUCAUUUUCUUUCUUUCCCUUCUCUCCUUUAUUAUUAUUAUUAUUAUUUUUUGUUGUUGUUGUUAUCAUUAUUAUUUAUUUUGUUGUUUAUUUAGUUUCUAUAUAAAUACGAUUCAUAUUUAAUUUGUCCUUUUUCUUCUUCUCUUUCUUUUUCUUAAAUUUCAUGUAUCAACUUGACGCUAACAAAAGAAACAGACAUGAUAUGGAACCCAAACAACCUAAAGCACCCAAUCCUCAGUCAUGUCGAUAUGAUUCUUCACUUGGUCUAUUGACUAAGAAAUUUAUUGCAUUGCUGCGCUCAAGUGCACAUGGCGAUUUGGAUCUGAAUCAUGCUGCAGCCAAACUCAAAGUACAAAAAAGACGUAUUUAUGAUAUUACAAAUGUAUUGGAAGGAAUCCACUUGAUUGAAAAGAACUCAAAAAAUCAUGUACGCUGGAUUCAUGUCUUUGAUUCUUCAACAACAAAAAAAGAAACAAGCGAUCUUGAACAAAGAUUAGAAUUUUUAAGAAAUUACAACCAAACAUUAGAGAACGAACAAAAGCAAUUGGACAGUUUUAAGCAGCAAAUUGAUCAAGAAAUAGAAAAUGUCAUCAAGAACAAUGCAUCGUAUUGUUACCUAACACUAGACGAUAUUGCAAGAUUUGAAGUCAUUAUGGCAGCUCAACAAGAAGCCCUUGUGGUUGUGAAUGCACCUUAUGAUACAGAUAUUGAGGUACAUCAUCAUCAUCAACCACAAGAUGAUCAUUAUUCCCCUUAUCCUUCUAUAAAAAAGUCUUCUCAAACAAAGACAAAAUGCUGUAUACGAGUGCCUGAAAACUCAAACCAAUCAUUGCGUAUUCUCUCGCUUCGACAGCAGAAAAAAGAAAGAGACUAUAAAUAAACAUCUUUUUUUUUCCUGGCGAAAAAAAAAAGGUUUAAGCAUGACGCGUGCGCCAAUCAUCCUCCCCAUCAAUCAUUAAUAAAUUAUAUAUUGUUUGUUUUAAUGCAAGACAUAAACAUUACAAAAAAAA